GUCCGAUGAUGGCUACCCUGCUUUCAUGAUCCCACCGUAUUGUCGCCAUAUACCUGAUACGGUAGAUGACAGCCAGUCGACCAAUCCAUAGUCACUCAAUUUCCGAACGAAAAUCACUCUGUUCGUGGCAAAUUACCCUGUUUCAGGGUCGUGGCCCUGGAGAAAGCGGAGAGGACUUUGGUCGAGUGCUUAUUGGAAGCUGGUUGGACUAAGGGUCCCCCUAUCUAGGAUGGGGCUAUAAAGUCGAGGGUGGAUCGCCCACCUCGGAGGGUUCUCCUCACGUCCUGAUCGACAUCGUGGUCCUACCCUGAUCCUUUCUUUAACAACCUCCACCUUCGUUUCAGAACCUCGUCACACGACCUUGCUUUUUGCUACUUCACUCUCACACCUACACAUAUCAGAUCAGAAUGGCUCCUCAGGGUGAUGCUAUCCCCGCCGACUCGGCCCCUGCUCCCGCUAUCCCCGAUUACAUGACCGACCCCAACGCAGUCCUCAAGGAUCAGAACAUCACAUGGCGCAACAAGCGCGCUCCCGACUACACCAAAGUCAACGCCGAAUUCGAGAAGACGAAGACGACCAACCACGAGGCUGGAUCCCUCCAGUGGCUCGUCCAGAACCUCGUCAAGAACUGGGAGAAAGAGGCAUCGUACAAGACUGUCGCUUCCGAGUGGCGCACGAUCGAUCAUGAGAAGUACACUUUCCACGUGAACGGUGGCCCCGGGAUGACUGCCGAGGAUAUGUUGAGGCUCGGUACCUACAAUGCCUUGUUGGGUGAGAAGCAAGUCGAGGGUGUCUAUGAUCCCAAGAUGGAGGGAUUCCAGGGUUCCCACAAGUUGUUCAAGCGCGUCAUGCCCGUCUUCUCCUGGGAAGUCCUCGAGGUCUACUCCGGCCCUCCCGUCGUCGCCUUCAAAUGGCGUCACUGGGGCCAAAUGACCGGAAAGUACUCCACCAAGCUCCAGAACCCCCCACGAAAGGUCACCGCCGAGGCUCACGGUGGUCCGAUUGACAUCGAGGGUAUCACCGUCGCCACCGUCUCCGCUGACUUCAAGAUCGAGAAGUUGGAGACGUUCUACGAUCCCGCCGCUAUCUUCGAGCAACUCGCGCUGAGGAACGAUAUGAAGACGGAGUACUUGAACGAGGAUGGGACGCCAAUGGCGGCGGAGGAGAGUGUUACUAGUGGGAUGGAAAAGAUGAAGUUGGUUAAUGAGGCUAUGGGGAGGUGUCCUUUCAGGCCUGGAGCCGCUGAGGAUCUUGCGAAGAAGUGA